AUGACGCAACCACCGCCAUCAACACCUACACCUCGUCGAUUUCUGCUUUCCAAGAAACCUCCAGGAUCGCAACAACAGACACCAGGCAGCGGCCCGCCCGUCUUCGCCGGCAGCCAGCGCUUCCAGCCCACGCCCCGCUUCGCCCCUCCGUCAUCGACUCAGCGACCUCCCGCGACGCCCGUGUUCCCUGGUUCACUUCGACCGUCGAGACACCGAGACCCGAUCCACGAUCUUCUGGAUAGUUCCCCGACAGAUGCGCCCGUCUCGGCGACGCGAUCGACGCGAGGAGCUGGGACGCAGAGGCAGAAUCUUAGGAUUGACAUCGACUCUGACGUCGGUAGCGAUUCGCCGACAGAGGACCAGGAUGAGCUGCCGCCAAUGGUCGUCGCGGUGAGCGAUUCGAUCGAGAUUGAUUCGGAGCCGCCUAGUGUUUUAUACAGCGAGAGUGAGGAGAGGACACCAAAGAGGAGAAGGAUUUCGGUCUCGCCAGCAUUGAGCUGGCAGGAGGAGCCCAAGGAAGACGUUGCCAUGGGAUACGAAGAGGAAGAGCUUCUCCCUGAAGAAAGCGGAUACGGUGACGAGCAGCUGCCAGAUGCGAAUGAUGAGCUUCCCUUCCGCGAGGGUGUGCCCAAGACUGAGGACGACUUGGUUGUUCCUAAGCGCGCUGCAGGAGACCCAGUCAAGACGCAGCCGACCUUUCAUCGCGCCCCUCGUUUCAAGCCGUCUGAAUCCGAAGUCAUUCGACAGGAAGGCCUACCGGAGGCGUUCUCUCCACAGCGGCGAGGCGCAAAGUACGUCGCUGGGGGCCUCGCGGCAGAGCUGCAGACUUGGCUGGCAGAGGUCAAGGGCUGGACGGGCGGUGACCGUCCGGCUGACCUAGUCAUGAGCAUUGUUGUUGACGAAGUUCGUCAUGGAAACAGAAUGUACCUUGUUCGGGGACGAAGGAUCAUGGGCGACGGGGAUGUAAGAGAAGAGAUUGCGGCGCGGCUUAUGCUGGCUGGGGAGGGACAGUUGACGGGCCUGGGACACAAGGCUCCUGUCGUCGUGGGUAGUGUCAUUGCGAUUUCCCAGCCUGCGUGGGAAAUUGAGCUACAAGAUGGUAGAUGGAUCGUCGCCUGCGACUGGGCGGUCUCGUAG